UUUUGCGAUAAUUUAAAAAUGGAGUCUUACGUCUGAAAAUUCAACAGAUUUUAUUCAAUAAUAAGUUAUUUAGAUAUCAAAAUAGUUUCUUGUAGUCUAUGAAUAUGGCAGAUAACUCAGCUAAGAUAAGUUCGACACCAUGUACAGAAGAAAAUAAGAAUCAGAACAAUAGCCUAUGCAUAGAGACAGAAAAACCCGAUAAUUUACUUACCCCACCCAUAUUGAAAACUUCUGACACAGAAAAGAUUGAAAAUAGUAAUGAUGUUCAUGAAGAACAAAGUGAUGAACCUGAUUCUGAAGGCACUAAUUCAGCAGAGUUAUUGGGAGAUGAGGAAAGCAGUGUUUCUGUAACUGAUGCAGUGAGCGAUGAUAAAACUGAGAAUACAGAGGAGUCUAUUCAUUCAGAUGACCAAGGUCAGAUAGAGCAAACUAAAGACAUUGCAGAGAAUGUUGAACUCAAAGUUGAAUUACCUCGAAAAGACGUUGAAACAGAUCCGGUGAAAGAGGGGAAAACAGAACCUGGGCAAGAUAAUGAACAAAGUACAAGUGAAGGGGCUUGUAGCAGUGGAGGGGCAACCAAUGGUGGCCAAUCUGACACUGAAAGUAUUCACCAAGUAAAAUGGGUUUAUUUUAAUAAAAAGCAGGUGCCUAUAAUUACACAGAAUGAAAAUGGGCCUUGUCCGUUGCUAGCACUCAUCAAUGUGUUGUUACUUCAGAAUCGUGUGACUCUGCCAGCGCGGACAGAAAUAAUUUCGGCAGGACAGUUGAUGGCACAUCUUGGUGAUUGUGUUCUACAGAAUGUCCCUGGUGAAGAUGGGGUAUCAACACACUCUCGGCUCAACUUUGAACAAAACAUGGGUGAUGCCAUGGCUGUGAUGUACAAACUCCAAACUGGACUUGAUGUAAAUGUGAAAUUUACCGGUGUUCGUGAUUUUGAGUAUACAUCAGAAUGCAUUAUAUUUGACUUGUUACAAAUCUCAUUAUACCACGGCUGGUUAGUAGAUCCUCAAAAUAGUACAGAAGUAGAAGCUCUCGGUAAAUGUAGUUAUAACCAGCUCGUUGAGAAAAUCAUCGUCCAGAAAACAUCCGACCAACCAGACCUUGUCAGUCAAGCAUUAGUAGCGGAGGAAUUUCUGGAGAAUUCUGCCUCACAGUUAACUUACCACGGUCUAUGUGAGCUCUGUACUCAACUCAAGGAAGAUGAACUGGCUGUACUCUUUAGAAAUAACCAUUUUACCACAUUGUAUAGACACAAGGGUGAGCUGUUCCAACUUGUCACUGACCAAGGUUUUCUACAGGAGAGCAAUGUGGUAUGGGAGACGUUAAGUAACGUGGAGGGUGAUUGUCAUUUUGUUGACUCAGAGUUUAGAACAUUCACCAAACCUGAACCCUCUCCUUUACCAAAGGAACCUCCAAAUUUACCAAUCAAUAGUGAAGAACAGAUUGACCAUGAUUACCUGGUAGCAUUGUCCCUGCAGCAAGAACAACAACCCCCGGAACAAGUGGACUGGACUCCGCCAAACACACAGCUCACAGAUGAAGAGUUAGCCAAACAAUUACAGGAAGAAGAAAGGCAAGCUGCCAUGGCGGAAGCGAAUGAUCCGCAGCAUCGCCAAGGGCAACGACCUCCAAGACCACAAGGUCAGCAAGUAUCUAGUCAACAGAGACCAACAAGAAUGCCUGGCCAUCCUAGAGAAGAUAAAAAAUCAGAUUGUUGUAUUUUGUGACAGCCCUUGCUGACGAUUAUACAGAGGUGAUCAUAUAAAACCUGGAUGUGCAAGUCUCUCAACCGCGAGAAUUUUACCUCAUUCUUCCAGACAAGAGGUCUAUAAAUAUAAGACUUACUUCAGUUCAGUACAUCAUGUGUUGAUAAUUAAUAUGAGCCGCGUCAUGAUAAAAUCAACAUAGUGGGUUUGCGAUCAGCAUGGAUCCAGACCAGCCUGCGCAUCCGCUAUCAGUUUCUCUACUUGAAAUAGAGUUGGUAAGCGAACAGCAUGGAUCCUGAUCAGACUGCGCGGAUGCGCAGGCUGGUCUGGAUCCAUGCUGGUCGCAAACCCAUUAUGUUGGUUUUGUCGUGACGCGGCUCAUAUUGUAAAGGAAAGCCUUUUAAGCAAGUUGCCUGCCAUGUGAUAUAAGAAAGUUGUUGUUAUUUAUAUAAAGUGUACAAAAUUUAAUGUAUUUAUAUUUUCCAACAGUCUUGUACAGUACUGUUGUGGCUUUGUGAAUUUAUAAGAAGAAAUUAUGUUGAAUAUUCAAAGUGUUGUAUUUUGAAGUCUUGAAUUGUGUGUUCAAGAAUAAUAAGUAUUGGUCUAAUUUCAUCCUCACAGUUUUAAGCUCAACAAAUUCAAGAUUAGUGGAAUUAACCUGCUCACCAUAGUAACUGAAUCAGUGUAACACCUGUUGAAGGUUCUGUAAUAUUUAUUUAUUACCCACAGAAUGAGUUCAUUUGAAAGUUCACACUUUCGUAUCAUCAAUUGUAGGCCACUGUCCAAGCACAGGGAAAUAGUUGAAUGUACAGUCUGAUUGAUUGCUUUUGUUGUCUCAUCCAAUCAAAUGCUCAGUUUUAAUCAUGUUACUUUUUGUUAUCUAUAAACCUAUUAAUUUCAUUUUGAAAAGAAAUUCAAAAUUUAAGAUUUUUUAAAAAAUAUUUUGUGUGUUUAUGUUCCUAUAAAAGCUAUCAUCUGAUAACAGUAUUCAUAGAAAAUGUGUCUUGAUAAGUCUAAAAUCUAAAAUCUGUAUACAUUAAAACAUGUGUAUAAAAGUGUUUGUUAGGACCUUACUUAUAAAGAGGCCCAGAAAAGGGGCAUUUAUAUAAAUGAUUGUCUAGUGCCCCUCCCUUUCCUGUGAUUAAAAGUGUGUUGACAUGAUCAAAUAAAUUAAUAUUCAUUGGCUUGCCCAUAAUUGAUUAUUCAUGUCAAUUAAAAUUAGUAACAUGAAUAUUCAUAAGGAGGAGCUCAAUUUUGACAUGCUUGAUCAUGUGACUUUCAGAUCGGGUAUCUUACUGAGUUGUACCUUUUCUCUGAAGCAACUUAAGCUUGGGGUCUAGAAUUCAGAGGUUAACCCUUAAUCUGGGGAAUUUAUGAAAUGAAACUGUCCUUUUAAAUUUGGAACAGUCCAUUAAAAGUUUCAAGGGUUUGGGCAUCAGAAUACAAAAAUUGAGCUACCAGCAGGAUCGAACCUGGUCAGACUAUACAGACCAUGUGCAGGCUGUCAGAGCUGGUUCUAUCCUGGUGGCACAGACUAAAUCACUCUAAGUUCAAGCAGGUUAAAAAUAUUAAUGUACAUAGUGUAUACAUAUUUUGAUAACAUAACUAAUGUACAUGUAUAUAUAACUUAACGCCAUUGUUUUGGGUUUUUAUUAAUCGAGUCAAUUUAACAGAUUUGUGCAUGAAAAUGUUGGAUUUGUAUUUUAUUUAUAAUAAACAUGUAUAUUGAUGAUUUUAUAUUUAUUUUAGGGGUAAUUAGAUGUAAAAACUUCUUAUUGAUAAUUAAAAUAAUAAGAUGUAAAUGUAUAAUAAUUUGUUUUGAACAAAAUAUUUUGAGAGUUAGAACAACUCUUUAUAAAUUAUAAAGCACAUCAAUUAGUAUGGACAUUUGUUGUUGGUUUUUUUUUACAAAUUUAAAAUGAACUUUGAUCCAAAAAACAAAAAGAGAAACAACUGUUUAUAGAUGAAGCCCAUAUAUAAAAAUGGAAUUUAAUCUGUCAAUGUUUGGUAUGUUCUUUGUUUUUUCUCUUUUUUUACAGAAUUUUUCAUGUUUGUAAUCUUGAUGUUUAUUCAACAGUUGUGAAGUUUAUAUUAUAUUAGUAUACAUUUUUCUCUAAUAAAGGAAGUUUGCUGUAAUAUAAAUUUCUUAUAAAGAUUCUUGAUUGCUUAUAUGGUCAUAUAUAGAAGAAAUGUUGGUUUUUAAAAAAAAAUAUAUAUAAAUAUAUAUAGGGCCAUAUAACCUGUCAAAAAUCUUUAAAACUAAAUUUAUAACCCACAUGUUUCAGUUGUUUUUUUUGGUAAUAUAACCAUACAUACAUUUAUAUUAGGCCAUAUAACCCGUCAAAAACUGUUUAUAACUAAUAAUGACGCUAUUAAUCAGAUUUUACUGGGUAAACCCUAGGUUGUAAUGGGUCUUUAAAUGUUUGUUAAAGAUUAUUGUUUGUUGAUGUUUCGAAUUUUUUAAAGUUUUUUUUGUGUGGCAAUGUCUUGAGAAAAUGUUACCAUAUGUUUCAACACAAUUUGUGAAGACUGGAUUUAGAGUCUUUGUUUUAAUAAGUGUCUUAUAUUAAAUGGAUAAAUUUAUAUUAGGAAGUGCAACAUAAAGAUGUGAAGAGGACUUUUGUCUUUCCAGUUUUUUAAACAUGUACAGGUACAACAAUGCAGUCUAUGCUGUUGUGCAAUCUGAUUAAAAUCAGCUAUGAAUAAAUAUCUGAUUUUAGAUCUGACCGUGACCAAAUACAUAGUCAUUUCUGGUGACCUUUCAACACAGACAAUCAUUGGCAAGCUUUCAUAAUUUUGAAAGCGAUGUGGUUUCUAAUUUUAACCCUUGGAAAACCAAUACUGAGUAGGUAAUUUUCGAUUUCAAGACCAAACAUGGCGUUACCCUUAUAGCUGACAGGUAACCUGGUAAAACAAUCUUGCCAUUCAAAAAUUGACUCUAUUAUUAAGUAAACUUCAAACAAUUUUUUUCUAACAAAAAUCAACAAUUUGUUUAACUUUCACUGAUAACAGUAUUUUGAUACUUCUUCUAAUGCCUAUGUAAAAAGUGGUUUGAUUGCAUGGCUAAAAAUAGCUUUCUCGGGGAAAUCAGAAUUAUAAAGAAGGCAAAACAUACACAGUCAUCAUCAGAUCUACAUGGAAGAUACAAGUAGAUCUGAACUUUAGUCAGAUUCUGCUGUAUAGCUUAAAAUUCUUAUCUUAUAUCACCCCAAGUUGAUUAUAAACAGUUCCAAAACAGAAAAGAUAAUUUUGUUUUUCCGAAACAAAAAAAUUAGAAAAGUUCAUGAAGAAAUUCCGAAAGUUAAGGGUUAGGCGGCUUUAGGGACCAUCUGUCAGUCAAAAUUUUAGUUUGCUGAAAUCAUUAUUGGUGACAUGGUUAAGUAUUCAAUUUUAAUAGUGGAGACUCGGGUGAAUGUAGCUCAUUUAAUCCUGCUUUGUUCAUAUUCCUGUAUGCCUUAUAUGUAAAUAAUAUAAGAUGUGAUCAGAAAAACACAAUAAAGGUUUGAUCAGUAUCUUAAUUUUAAACAGAUUUUUUUUUUUUUACUUUUCAAGAAAAUGAGGGAAGGAAUUGUCCUACUCACCUUGGCAUCAGGGUUGAGGUAUCACUUUGUAAAAGUUUUGUGUGCAACUUUGUAUAUUCAUUUUAACCACUGAGGACUAUUCAUUCACACGGAACUUCUCUCAUGUCUUCAGGGUAGUUAGUAAGACUGCAUAAAUCUGGCUUGAAUAUUUUUACAGAGUUAAAUCACAGGCGUUCCGCACAUUUGCCAUGCCAAUAAUGGUCAAAUUAUCAUAAAAUAUCAAUCCCCUUCAUCAUGAAGGACAAAAUUACUAUCCAGCACCCAUUUACUGUAUAAAACUGAAAUAAAUAUCUAUUGUGCUAUGUUAUGAAAAUAUGAGCCGUGUCACGACAAAACCAACAUAAUGGUUUUGCGACCAGCAUGGAUCCAGACCAGCCUGCGCAUCCGCGCAGUCUGAUCAGGAUCCAUGCUGUUCGUUUACCAGCCCUAUUACAAGUAGAGAAACUGAUAGCGAACAGCAUGGAUCCAUGCUGGUCGCAAACACACUAUGUUGGUUUGGUCGUGACACGGCUCAUAUGUCUUAUUUUAAAAACAUACGAGAGUAAAAUGUUGACCGUGUCAGGUGAAUAUGCUAAGGCAAGUUGUAUACCUUGUAUAUAUUUUAUAUAGUUUACAGGUGCUAGAUAGAAAUUUUGUUCUUGAUGAUCAAGGGUGAUUAUUUUAUGAUAAUGUGACUAUUAUAGGCAUAGCAAUUGUGCUGAACGCCUGUGCUUUAAAUCUGUUUGUGAACUUAAUAAAUAUCAAGGUCAAGGUUUUCAAUGCAAGUUCAGUCGCUAUAACUUUCAUGCACUGAAAAUAGGGUAGCAAUGUUGUCUUUAUGACAACUCUGACUUCAUUUCAAAAUGUGACAUUGUGUCAUAGCAGCUUAAUUACGAGCAUAAUAAUAUUUGAACGCCACCGUAAGAACACAACCCGUAAUGUCAUUUUACAAAUGAGGUUUAAAGACGUGGACAUUUUCAUUGACGUUAAAAAAUAAAAAAGUGAAUUAUACUUGAAAUGUUGAUUAUAUAUACAUGUAUAUAUAUAGCUAACAAGCAAAUUUCAAGUUUUUAUUUUAAUUAAUUUAAAAGCUAUUGAAUUGAAUUUCUUUAAGAAUUGAAUAUGUCUGUUAAAA